AUGCUGCAAAGGAAGAAGCCCUUCAAGGGGCUCUCCUUCCACUUUAUGGAGCGGCGACUCCUUUCGGGCCUGCUCGACAAAGAAAGGGCCUCUAGAAUCACUGGCAGUGUCAUCAAGUUUGAUCGCCGCAAGGGAUACGGCUUUAUAAAGCCCAAUGAUGGAGGACCGGACAUUUUCGUUCAUUACACGGACAUAUGCCAGGAACCUCUGCAUAGGUUGCAAGAGUUAGCUGUGAAUGUGCACGCCCAUAUAGGUAGCUGUACGAUCUCCUUGUAG